AUGACAGAGGGACACUUGGAGAAGAGGAAAGAGAGGCCAGUCAGAGCCAUGUGUGUCGACUGGCAGCAACAGAGAGGAGAUGAGACCUCAUAUAUUGUUUGGGCAUCUGACUGGAAACUGGACCAUCCAGACUGGACAGGGCGGCUUCGUGUCACCUCCAAAGGCAAAACUGCGUACAUAAAACUGGAGGAUAAGGUUUCAGGAGAACUCUUUGCCCAGGCUCCUAUAGAUCAAUACCCUGGCAUUGCAGUGGAGACUGUGACGGAUUCCAGCCGCUACUUUGUCAUUCGAAUUCAGGAUGGGACUGGACGAAGUGCUUUUAUAGGCAUUGGCUUCACGGAUCGUGGUGAUGCCUUUGACUUCAACGUCUCUUUGCAGGAUCACUUCAAGUGGGUGAAGCAGGAGACAGAGAUAUCCAAGGAGUCCCAGGAAGCUGACACACGUCCCAAAUUAGACCUGGGGUUUAAGGAAGGUCAGACCAUCAAACUGAACAUUGGGAACAUGACGACAAAGAAAGGAGGAGCAGCCAAGCCCCGUGUGUCUGGAUCAGGGGGCCUAAGCCUGCUGCCACCCCCACCAGGAGGCAAAAUCGCAACCCCUCCUAUAGCUCCCCCUUCUUCCACAGCCAUUGCCAACCAUGUCACACCACCACCCGUGCUGAAAUCCAGUAAUGCGAGCAGUGCAGAUAUUCUAUUAGACUUGGAUGCUCCUGCAUCUACAUCCAAGGCACCAGCAACAGCUACUACAGACCUCUGGGGAGACUUCAGCACUGCAUCCAGUGCUGCUCCCAAUCAGGCUCCUCAGCAGUCCAACUGGGUCCAGUUCUGA